AUGCAUACAGGAGAACUCAAUGCUAUUCCUCUUUUCUUUUUUCUGAUCUUGUUUCUCUUAGGGAUUGCCAUCGGCGUCUUGGUUCGAGAAUACAGCAAGCUGUCUAGUCUGGAGAAGUUCUACUUUGCUUUUCCCGGGGAAAUUCUAAUGAGGAUGCUGAAACUCAUCAUUUUGCCGUUAAUUAUAUCCAGCAUGAUUACAGGUGUUGCUGCCCUGGAUUCCAGCGUAUCUGGGAAAAUUGGUCUACGUGCCGUCGUCUAUUAUUUCUGUACCACGAUCAUUGCUGUGAUUCUAGGCAUCGUGCUGGUGGUGAGCAUCAAGCCUGGUGUGACCCAGAAAGUGGAUGAGAUUGACAGGACAGGAAGCAGCCCUGAAGUGAGUACGGUGGAUGCCAUGUUGGAUCUGAUCAGGAAUAUGUUCCCGGAGAACCUUGUCCAAGCCUGUUUUCAGCAGUAUAAAACCAAGCGUGAAGAAGUGAAUACUCCCAGUGAGCCCGGGAUGAACAUGACCCAAGCAUCUGUCACAGCCAUCAUGACAACUGCCAUUUCCAAGAACAAAACAAAGGAAUACAAAGUCGUAGGCAUGUAUUCAGACGGCAUAAACGUCCUGGGCUUGAUUGUCUUUUGCCUCGUCUUUGGACUUGUCAUUGGAAAAAUGGGAGAGAAAGGACAGAUUCUGGUGGAUUUCUUCACUGCUCUGAGUGAUGCAACCAUGAAAAUCGUCCAGAUCAUUAUGUGUUACAUGCCACUUGGCAUUUUGUUCCUGAUUGCCGGGAAGAUCAUAGAGGUUGAAGACUGGGAAAUAUUCCGCAAGCUGGGCCUUUACAUGGCCACCGUCCUGAGUGGGCUGGCAAUCCACUCCAUCGUCAUUCUCCCGCUGAUCUAUUUCAUAGUCGUUCGGAAGAACCCUUUCCGGUUCGCCAUGGGAAUGGCCCAGGCUCUUCUGACGGCUCUCAUGAUCUCUUCCAGUUCGGCCACACUGCCUGUCACUUUCCGCUGUGCCGAAGAAAAGAACCAGGUGGACAAGAGGAUCACUAGGUUUGUGCUGCCCGUCGGGGCUACCAUCAACAUGGAUGGGACUGCGCUCUACGAAGCGGUGGCGGCUGUGUUUAUCGCACAGUUGAAUGACCUGGACUUGGGCAUCGGGCAGAUCAUCACUAUCAGUGUCACGGCCACGGCUGCCAGCAUCGGAGCCGCGGGGGUGCCGCAGGCCGGCCUGGUGACCAUGGUGAUCGUGCUGAGUGCCGUGGGCCUGCCCGCCGAGGACGUCACCCUCAUCAUUGCUGUCGACUGGCUCCUGGAUCGGUUCAGGACCAUGGUGAACGUCCUUGGCGAUGCGUUCGGGACGGGCAUUGUGGAGAAGCUCUCCAAGAAGGAACUGGAGCAAAUGGAUGUUUCAUCUGAAGUCAACAUCGUGAACCCCUUUGCCUUGGAAUCCACAAUACUGGAUAACGAAAACUCAGACACCAAGAAGUCCUAUGUCAACGGAGGCUUUGCGGUAGACAAGUCCGACAGCAUCUCAUUCACCCAGACCUCACAGUUCUAG